AUGCGACAGUCGGUCGAGGCGGGCUGCUCCACGGAUGUCGUAAGUUCGGAUGCAUUGCAGUUUGACGGAUGGAAGUCAAACAGGCUGCUUUGCAUUUGGCAGAUCUCCUUGUCGCGUCCCAGUCUCGUCAAUCGAACAGUCUUCGGAAGUCGCAAAACUAGACAGGAAGGAUUGGCAGGCGCAAACGAUUUUAUCCGGUCCGCAUUCGGCAAUUUCUUCUUAUCAUACAGUACAUAUGUAUUUCGGGAAAACUAA